AUGUCAGCAGUCGAAAAUACUAAUAAAAAGAGUAACGAUAAGAUUAAGUCCGUGACUUUGAAUCAUUUACAAAAUUAUUCGUCGGUUCAAAAGGUGAUGAGCAUCGCUCAGUCUUUCCCAGUUGUCAUUGGUUUCAUCCAAUGGGCCAUGGAAUCGGAAAUAAAUUUGGUCAAUAGAAUCCUAGAUUCAAAAAUGACCCCAGCUUUAUUAAAAUAUAUGUACGCUCGUUUUAUUACCCUUUUCCAAAAAGUAGAUAAUCUUUUCGAAUUCUUAGUUCUAAGAGAAGGUGUCGAUUCAAUUAUUAAAGAUUUCCAAAAUCACAAUAAUAGAAUGGGAUUCUGGGUAUUCUGGUUCUACAUCGAUUACAUGGCCAACGUCUUCAACACUCUCUUAAUUGAGUUCGUCAUUAAACCAUUUAAAUCUGUCAGUGGUAAUCAAAGUAAAGAUAAGAUUACUUCUUCUGAAAAUUUACCAAACGUUAAAGAAUUAACGGUAACAACAAGAAAUAUUUCAAAUGAUAUUCAAGGUAAAGCAAUGGAAAAAUAUGAAAUCUUAUUCAAACCAACAACGGACAAAUUAAACAACGAAUUCUUCGAACCAGCAAUGAAAACUUACCAUGACAACUUGAAUAAAUCACAAAAUAUUCCAAAGGCACUUUACACUACCGGUAUCGAUAUUGGUAAUUUAACUCUAGAAAAAUUAAAUUCCAUGAAAAAUAAUAAUGAAAGCAUUACAAAGACAAACCAAGAAAAUUAA